AGAGAGAGAGAGAGACUGUAAGGGGCGGAGAGGCAGUCAGAGUAAUAGAGGCGGAGGAGGAAUGCAUAAAGCUCCAUCCAGUGCUGAGAACAGGAGCGUUUGCGCAGAUAGCCAGUCUGCCUUCAACAAGCCACACACAGCAUUUCAGCUCGGGGGGAAGUUUGUUGUUGCUUGUUAGUUUCUUUUUGUCCUGCAAAGGAAGCAGGAGCCACCAACUAACCAACCAACCAAGCUAACAACCUCGUGUCUGCACCACCACCAGGGAUUUAUCAUGGUGAUCAAAGUGUACAUAGCAUCGUCCUCCGGAUCCACUUCGAUUAAAAAGCAGCAGCAGGAUGUGAUGGGCUUCCUGUCGGCCAAUAAGAUCGUAUUCGAGGAGUGUGACAUCGCGGCCAACGAGGACAAUAGGAAGUGGAUGAGAGAGAACGUUCCGGAUGAGUCCCGGCCGGCCACGGGGAACCCUCUCCCCCCACAGAUAUUUAACGAUUGCAAAUAUUGCGGGAACUAUGAGGCCUUCUUCGAUGCCAGGGAGGACAACGCCGUGUACGCGUUCCUGGGUCUGACUGCUCCCCCGGGCUCCAAGGAGGCCGAGGCUCUAGCCAAGAAAGCACAGCAGUAGCAGCUUUUACACCGUUUCUACCUGAACCCAGAUCUGGACCCCAGAUGGACCUGGACCGGAUCUGAUCCAGGAAAAAAAAAGAAUUUCACUUGGCUUAUAAAUAUGGACGGUUUUGGUUUACUUUUUUCAGUAUGUUCUUUUUCUUUUAAUCUGUGUUCAGCUGUGCCUUGUCAGCUGCAGUGAAAGGAGGUGCUAAAGCAGAGCAUUAUGGGUAUCUACAAACAGCUCUGCUUCCUCCCAUUAAGCUCAGCCUGCUAAGCCUAUAGGCCCAAUGACCUGUCAAUCAACCAUUAGCAUGAAUGUGUAGCUUCCUUUUUUGAGAUCAACAAAAUGUACGCACCUUGUAAAUUGUAACACAGAUUCAUCAUUCGGCCAACAAACUGAACAUCAUCCAUGAAACAUUAGCCUCAUUUGUUUAACUAAAAAUAGUCUCGUCUGUUCAAAUCCUGGAAACAUGUUUGUGCUCCUGCCAAUCACAUCAUCAUCGCCAAACCUGCAGCACCUUCUGUAAAAGCUAUCUAUCCCAUUCUCUGUGUUUGUAUUUACUUUAUAUUGUCUUAAUGCUGUUUUAAUAGCAAACUUUUUUCUACGAAAUGUUUAAAAAAAAUGAUAACACAUGCCAAAAUGACAAGUCUGCAUACACACAGGGAUGUGACAUUGAGUUUUUUUUGUUUGCUGUUUUUGUUUUGAGGGGAGUUGGAUCGCUGUUUCGUUUGCUAUAAAUAUCCUGUUUCACGUGGUGUCGGUAAUUCCUGUUUUACACAAUCUUCUCUAAAAUAAAAAUAAAAAGAAUAAGACUGCAAAUAAAAGCCUGACUGUCAGUACUCCUUGGUUGGUUGUCAUGAAAUGUGUUUCCAUAAUGACAAAGUCAAACAAAUUUGAAAUAAAUUCUGCCUUCUUAUGACAUA